AUGGUCAAGGGAAGACGGAAACCAGAGGCGGAGGAGGAGCGGUGCACCGAGACGCAGUGUUUCAGUCUGAACAGCUGCUCGAAAGGUGAUACACCCGGGACUCGUGGCUGGGACUCGGAGGUGCCUGCAAGUUACGAGGACGACCACAUUAUAAACACGCAUCCACUCCAGGUCAUGAUGAUGCGGCCGCCCGCAUUGAAAAGGCAACAAAUGCGGUCAGUCCACAAGCGCCGAUUAUGA